AUGGUCUUCACCUUCUCCAUAGACAAAUACACUACAAAAUACAUCCCACAGAGCCAGGUCCACCGCCUUCCUGGCCCGCUUCGGCGUCUUCUCGGAGGCUUCCCCGCCACUGCCACCCACGACUACUUUAUUUGGCUUGAAAUCCUCGUUGCAUCGUUCUGUGGUAUAUCCCUAUUGGCUGGGGUGUUCCAGAACCACACUGUGUUCAGCAGCCACGACGCCAACAACAUCAUAGCGCUGUAUGCGGCGACGGCCAUUCUUUGCUUCAAUGCUUCUCAGGUCCCGUUGGCCCAACCCCGAAACAUCUUCGUGGGUCACUUCUUGUCCUCCCUAAUAGGCAUCUGCAUCCAGAAACUCUUCUACCUUUCUGAAGGAGGCCGUUCUCACACGUGGGCGUCUGCUGGCCUCAGUGUGGCUGUAGCCUCGGUGGCUAUGUCCAUCUGCAAUUGUGUCCAUCCGCCUGCUGGAGCCCUGGCGAUGCUUCCUCUGAUAGACCAGCACGUGAGGAACAUGAGCUGGUGGUAUUUACCUGUGCAGCUUGUGCUGCUGGUGCUUAUCAUCCCGGUGGCGUGUAUUUUCGGAAACGUGUUCAGACGGUACCCUGUGUACUGGUGGACUCCGGCUGAGUGUGGUUUUUUUUGGAAGAAACCCGAAAAAAAGGGCACCGACGAGGAAUCCGAGGAAUCCAAGGACCUUCCAGAGGCCCAGGACUCGUCAGCACUGCCUCAGUACGUGCCCGAACUAAGCCACCCUCGUUUGGCGCCGGUGGCUUCUCAAUCCAGCAAUGCAAGCAGAUGGUCGCACCACUUGAAGCAGACAGAGUCUAGAAAAACGCUCGACGAGGGCCCCAGCAGCAUUGUGAGGGUCCCGGGACUACGGAAAAUCGAAAUCACCGCCUCGGAGAUCUUGAUUCCUGCGGACCUAGAUCUAGAUGAUAUUCUGCUUGAUUGGCUCCGUUCGAUGAGAAUGGAGCUUCGCCAAUUGGAGCCUGAGGCCGGUGGCAGUGUGUAA